AUGACUGCUUUGAGGGCUCCACUGCAGCGCUGGAUGGUCUCAAUUAAACGCUGCAGCCGUUCGCGCUUUAAUUAGCCAAAAAAAGCUGAUUUUAAGGUGUGAAACCGAGUCUAGUGUCUUACAACGCUAGCUGGCUUGUUUCGCAAUAAUUAUUAUUGUGCGCGCUCUGCUAUGCACCUUAGUAUACGUGAGUCUACAGCGCACCAAUGCGAAUGCGAAGAAGUGCAUUGCUGGCAUCCCUAGUGGUGGGCUGGGCCUGGGUGCCGCCCAGCCACCACCACCGGACGCCUCAUGCGGUGCGCAAGCCGCUGAAAGCCGAAAACGACUACCUCGCGAGCCUCGCGAAGGCACCGCCGAAGCGCGGCCCGGGCCGACUGCGCCGCGCGUGGCGCCGGCUGCGCGGCGCGCCGGCCGCGCUCUCGUCGGACGAGGUGCUGCGGCUCGUUGUCCUCGGCCACGGACGCGCGGAGGCCGAGGCGAUGGCGCCGCGGCGGGCGCGGCGCCUGCUGGCCCGGGCCGCUGCCGCCGCGCCGGCCAAGGCCGCGCCCGCGCCGGCGGCACCAGCGCCGGCCAAGCCGCCGGCCGCACCAGCGCCGGCAGCACCGCCCGCCGCGCCGCCGCCGCCGCCCGUGGCAGCGCCGCUGGAAGCGGCGUUGCCACCGCCCGCCGCGCCGCCGCUGCCCGCCACGCCGCCGCCCGCGGCCGCGCCGCUGGAAGCGGCAGAGCCGCCGGCGGAGCCGUCGGACGCGCUGACCCCCGACGACAUCUUGCGGCUCGUCGUGCUCGGGCGGUCGCGCGCGGACGCCUUAGCAAUGGACCCGGUCGAGGCGCGCCGCGAGCUCGCUGCCGUCGCCGCCGCGCCUCCACCAGAGCCGCGCCUCGACGUCGCGGACGCGACGGACGAGGAGCUCUGGCGCCUCGCGCGGGCCGAGGUGGCUAUCCCAAGACCACCGCGCGACGACGACGAGGACGCCGUCUCUAAACAACUUGAGCGGUCGUGGCCGGACCUCGAUAAAUUUACGGACCUGCUCACGAAGGAGUCGCUCAAGCGGCUGGAGGUGCUCGGGCCCCAGUUCGCCGAGCCGCUCAAGACGGAAGCUAGAUGGCGGCGCAAGGCCUACGAGAGCUGGUUGAGGCUCGUCGACGGCAAAGGCGUGCUGCCGGGGCCGGCCGGCGACUUGGCGUAUGGCGAGGCUUUAUUUGAUCCGAACGGCGGCCUGCCCGCCGAGGCCUCGGAUGAGGCGAAGGCGGCCUUCGUGCGUCUGCGCGAAGAACGGGCGGAAUUAAGGGCAGCACGGAACGAGUUGAGGGACUGGGAGAAGAGGGCGCUCCCGGAUAAGUGAUGUUAGGCUA